AUCACUCUACUUGUUCUCUCUAUCGCUCAGUCUGUGUCUUUGCGGCUGAGGAUUCUGAACGAACGAGCAGCCUUCGUUUCUCUUUGAGUUUAAGUCGUCAUGGGUAAGGAGAAGGUUCACAUUAACAUUGUCGUCAUUGGACAUGUCGACUCUGGGAAGUCAACAACCACUGGUCACUUGAUCUACAAGCUUGGAGGUAUUGACAAGCGUGUUAUUGAGAGGUUCGAGAAAGAAGCUGCUGAGAUGAACAAGAGGUCAUUCAAAUAUGCUUGGGUGCUUGACAAGCUCAAGGCUGAGCGUGAAAGAGGAAUUACCAUCGAUAUUGCUUUGUGGAAAUUUGAAACAACCAAGUAUUACUGCACAGUCAUUGAUGCACCUGGACAUCGUGACUUUAUCAAGAACAUGAUUACUGGAACAUCGCAAGCUGACUGUGCUGUCCUCAUCAUUGAUUCCACAACUGGUGGUUUUGAAGCUGGUAUUUCCAAGGAUGGACAGACUCGUGAGCAUGCGCUGCUUGCUUUCACUCUUGGUGUAAAGCAGAUGAUCUGUUGUUGCAACAAGAUGGAUGCCACUACCCCCAAGUACUCCAAGGCUAGGUACGAUGAAAUUGUGAAGGAAGUCUCAUCCUACUUGAAGAAGGUUGGUUACAACCCAGACAAAAUUCCCUUCGUUCCCAUCUCUGGUUUCGAGGGUGACAACAUGAUUGAAAGGUCCACCAACCUUGACUGGUACAAGGGCCCCACCCUCCUUGAUGCUCUUGACCAGAUCAACGAGCCCAAGAGACCCUCAGACAAGCCUCUCAGGCUUCCCUUGCAGGACGUCUACAAGAUUGGUGGUAUUGGUACCGUGCCAGUGGGACGUGUUGAGACUGGUAUCUUGAAGCCCGGUAUGGUUGUGACUUUUGGCCCCACUGGACUGACAACUGAAGUUAAGUCUGUGGAGAUGCACCAUGAGGCUCUCCAAGAGGCUCUUCCUGGUGACAAUGUUGGAUUCAACGUGAAGAACGUUGCAGUCAAGGAUCUCAAGCGUGGUUUCGUUGCCUCCAACUCUAAGGAUGACCCUGCCAAGGAAGCUGCCAACUUCACUUCCCAAGUCAUUAUCAUGAACCACCCUGGCCAGAUCGGAAAUGGAUACGCACCAGUGCUCGACUGCCACACUUCUCACAUUGCUGUCAAGUUUGCGGAACUCGUCACCAAGAUUGACAGGCGUUCUGGUAAGGAGCUCGAGAAGGAGCCCAAAUUUUUGAAGAAUGGUGAUGCAGGUUUCGUUAAGAUGAUUCCCACCAAGCCCAUGGUGGUUGAAACUUUCUCCGAGUAUCCUCCCCUUGGUCGUUUUGCCGUGAGGGACAUGCGUCAAACCGUCGCUGUCGGAGUCAUCAAGAGUGUGGAGAAGAAAGACCCCACCGGAGCCAAGGUCACCAAGGCCGCACAGAAGAAGAAGUGAUCUGGCAGUUACCAGAAAAACUCUUCCCUUUAUAGUAGUUUGUCUUCGGAGAGUCUUAGGUGUUUGUUUUUCCAGUUUAAUUUUCAAGUUUCUGCCGAUUUCUUGCAGCCAUAGACUUCAAAACUGGGUUCUUGAUCGGCGGUGGUCAAUUUUCAUUGCAGUUUGUUUUUGAGUUUAUUGUUUUUGCUUUGAUGUUAAGAGUCUAUUUUCACAAAGCAGCUAUAGGGUUUUAGUCCAUUCCUUUGCUGCUGAAGGAUGUUUUAAUUGCAUUUAAUUUAUAAGAAAGUUUUGUCUACUUUUUCUUUAA